GCCGGCCGGGUCUCCGCACCCGCGCCGCCGCCGCCCGCGCGCCCGGACCCCGCCGCCGCCGCCGCCGCCGCCAUGAGGACGCCCGGCGAGGUGCUGCGCGAGGGCGAGCUGGAGAAGCGCAGCGACAGCCUCUUCCAGCUGUGGAAGAAGAAGCGCGGCGUGCUCACGGCCGACCGCCUGCGCCUGUUCCCCGCCGGGCCCGGCGCGCGCGCCAAGGAGCUGCGCUUCCACUCCAUCCUCAAGGUGGACUGCGUGGAGCGCACCGGCAAGUACGUCUACUUCACCAUCGUCACCACCGACCGCAAGGAGAUCGACUUCCGCUGCGCGGGCGAGAGCUGCUGGAACGCGGCCAUCACGCUGGCGCUCAUCGACUUCCAGAACCGCCGCGCCCUGCAGGACUUCCGCAGCCGCCAGGAGCGCGCCGCGCCCGCCGCGCCCCCGGAGCCCCGGCCGGGCCGCGCGCCCUAAGGCCGCCGCGGAGCCGCGCACUCGACGACGAGUUGGGCCCGCCGCGGGGCCACCCUCCCACCACCCACAGUGAGGACAGAGAGCCACGUCCCUGCCCCACAGAGAAGGACCUUCCCGUGCGGAGCCGCCGAGCCACGGCCCGCUGAGCGGGCGCAUUAAAUUAUCAGACUAUCUAUGUAUUUAUUUUGAUGGUUAUUCGUCGUGGAGCCAUCUGUCUUAAUAUGUACUGUUUGCACCGAUAUGUUCAUUCCAAAUAAACCACUGGGCCUGUUCACUUUUCUACCA